GCUCUACGCAUAGCUGACAGACGCACUGAGAGUCGGAGAAUUGAAAGACUUGGACCAUACUGUACUGUACUCUGAACGAAGGAAACACAACAGCGGAUAAAAAUGAAAAGGAAUCACGAUUUUAGCUCCUCGGACAGCGAGCUGGACGAGAACAUUGAGGUUGAGAAGGAGAGUGCCGAUGAAAAUGGGUAAGUUUGUGUCCAAUAUUUGGGUUUUAUUGCAUUAUUAUUAUAUGUUCCGAACCUACAAGUUCCAAGGGUCUUACUUCUCUGUUGCUUUUACAUUGUUUAUAAGAAAAGACGUGCGAAAAUUAUUUUGCAAUUUGGUAAUUUCCGUGGCCUGAUCUAAAAUAACGCACAUUAAUACAAUAAUUGUAUGUGUUUUUCUUUCAGGAACAUGAGUUCUCCCCUUGGGCCGAUGUCUCCAUCAACAAAAACUCAAGUGAAUGCGAGGAAGCGCCGUCGAGGAGUGAGUACAUUUCUCGUUGGAAUGGUCGUGCGUAAAAGUGUGUAAUACGCACGUUUUUACACCAACUAAAUUCUAUCUUUUUUUCAGUGUCUGAAUGUUCUAAUCUCUCAUCUCUCCUACAGAUAAUUGAAAAACGUCGCCGUGACAGAAUCAACAACAGCCUCACCGAGCUACGUAGACUGGUCCCUAGCGCGUUCGAGAAGCAGGUAAGGUCUGAUCCGUGUGUCAUGCGUAAAAACCAUCACCCUGUCAAAAAGUUUGAUAGGAUACGUAAAGGUGCUUUGAACUGGUAGAGAACAGUUAAAGUUGAUACACUUUCCACACGUUUUCUGAAAAUAACGAAUAAUAAUUUCCAGUUUAUAUCUUUAAUGACUUAAACGAUUUUCAAUGCAUUUCUAUUCGUUUAAUUAAUGUGCCUUCUGUCCCGAAAUCCUGCAGGGUUCAGCUAAACUGGAGAAAGCAGAGAUUCUGCAGAUGACGGUGGAUCAUCUGAAGAUGCUUCAUGCUGCUGGAGGAAAAGGUGGAGUGGAAUAAAUUACCAUAAUAAAAUAAUUAUUACUGUAUCAUGAAAGGAAACAAUAUUUUUGAACUGCCAUAAUAUUGAUUGACUCUAAGGUUAUUGAUUUGUAUAAGAUCAUUCUCUUCACUGAGUUGUUCUAUAAACUUAAGUAAUGUGCUUCUCAUUAAAUAUUUGUAUAAGUCAGGCAGGCAUAGCACAAGACACCUGCAUUAGUUACUCAUUGUUAUUAGUAGACUUCCAUAGACUUCCUCUGUUCCUGCUCUACCUGUUCGGUGGUAUAGGCUGAAAACACUUAAUUAACCCUGCUUCUCCCCUCUCCCUUCCAGGUUACUUUGACGCCCAUGCCCUGGCCUCGGACUACCGGGGUCUGGGUUUCAGGGAGUGUCUGGCUGAGACGGCCCGCUACCUGAGCAUUAUGGAAGGCCUGGACAGCACUGACCCCCUGCGGAUCCGCCUGGUCUCCCACCUGAACAGCUACGCCUCCCAGAGAGAGGCCCACUCCGUCUCUGUGUCCGGGCUGGGCCACCUGGCAUGGGGCUCGGCCUUCGGGUCGCCCCCCUCCGCCCACCUGGCCCACCACCUCCUCCUCCAGCAGCACCAUCAACACCAGCAGGGGGCGACGUUACCGUUACCACGCAGCGCCUCCAACAGCCCUCCGUCAUCCUCCUCUUCUACUCCUUCUUCUUCAUCCUCCUCUUCUUCCUCCUCUCCGAUAGAGAGAGAGCCUCGCUCCUCGCCCCAUGGCCAUGCUCCCAGCAGGCUUAGCGGUGCAACCCCCCUCUCCGAGCACAGUCACACCCAGGGGGGUCCUCUCCGUGUCCCCCCCAACGCUGCCCCCCUCCCCCCGGGGCUGAACCUCACCGCGACCUCCACAGCUGCCGCUGCAGCCGCUGCGGCCUCCAAGCUCUCCCCUCCCCUCUCCCUGUCUUCACUCUCCACCCUGUCAGCGUUCCCCUUCCCCUUCAGUGCCUUCCCCCUGCUGUCCCCUGGCACCCUCAGCCCCCUUGUCCACACCCCCUCCAGCCAAGCCAGCCUGGGGAAGCAGCCCUACCGGCCCUGGGGCAUGGAGAUAGGGGCUUUCUGA